GGUGCGGUGGCGGCGAUGUGCUCGGCGGGGAGGCGCUGGGGCCGGCGGCAGCGAGUCCUGCUCUGGGGCGUCCUGCUGGCGGCCUGGGAGGCGGCGUGGGGGCAGCUGCGCUACUCAGUGCCCGAGGAGAUGCCCAAGGGCUCGUUCGUGGGCGACGUGGCCAAGGACCUGGGGCUGCAGCUGCCGGAGCCCCCAGAUCGCGGUGUCCGAGUUGUCUCCGAAGACAGGACGCAGUAUUUUGCUCUGCAUGGAAAGACGGGACAUUUAGUGACGGCCGAGAGGAUCGACAGAGAGCAGCUGUGCCGGCUGGUGGAGAAAUGCGUGCUGCGCUGUGAGCUGAUAGUGGAGGGGGAAAUGAAGUUUUAUGAAAUCGAAGUAGAAAUCACGGAUAUUAACGACAAUGCGCCAAACUUUAAGGAAAUAGAGCUGGAGGAGACGAUAAGUGAGAACUCAGCCCCUGGUUCGCGGUUUUCACUUCCCAGAGCUCAUGACCCGGACUCUGGACAGAAUUCCCUGCAGAGCUACGAGCUGAGCGGCGACGAGCACUUCUCGCUGGCCGUGCAGACAGGCCCCGGCGGGGAUCAGCGCCCCGAGCUGGUGCUGGCGAAGGCGCUGGACCGGGAGGAGGCGGCGUUCCACGAGCUGGUGCUGAGGGCGAUGGACGGCGGCGAUCCGGCCCGGACGGGCACGGCGCGGAUCCGCGUGACGGUGGUGGACGCGAACGACAACGCGCCCGUGUUCAGCCAGGCGGAGUACACGGUGCGUGUGCCGGAGGACGUGCCCGUGGGCUCUGUCCUCGUCACCGUCACGGCCGCAGACGCCGACGAGGGUCUGAAUGGGCACGUGAAAUAUUCGUUGAAAACAAUUACAGAAAAAGCCUUGCAGAUUUUCCAGCUGAAUGCUGAGACUGGAGAGAUCACGCUGUUGAGAAGCCUGGACUUCGAGGAGGGCGACGACUACAAACUGGAGGUGCAGGCACGGGAUGGCGGCAGCCUUUCUGACAUAGCGAAAGUUGCGAUCGCGGUGACAGACGUUAAUGACAACGUGCCUGAGAUUUCUGUGAGGUCAGCACUGAGUGAGAUUUCAGAGGACGCCCCUUCGGAGACUGUUGUGGCCCUGCUACAGGUGCACGACCGAGACUCGGGGGCCAACGGCGAGGUGCGCUGCUCCCUCGACGAGGGUGUCCCAUUCCGCCUGGAGGGCCCGCAGGGCAGCUACUACCGCGUGGUGACAGCGAGAGAGCUGGACCGGGAGCAGCAGUCGGAGUACAACGUGACGGUGCGGGCGUCCGACGGCGGGUGGCCGGCGCUGCAGAGCAGCAGGGUGCUGGCGCUGCGGGUGCUGGACGUGAACGACAACGCGCCGGUGUUCUCGCAGGAGCGCUACAGCGCCCUGCUGCUGCUGCUGGCGCUGCGCCUCAGGCGCUGGCGCCGCUCGCAGCAGCAGCAGCAGCUGCUGGCCACGGCCGGCGCCGCCUUGCGCGGCGUGCCUGCCACGCACUUCGUGGGCAUCGACGGCGUCCGCGCCUUCCUGCACUCCUACUCGCACGACGUGUCUCUCACGGCCGACUCGCGCAAGAGUCACCUGCGCUUCUCGGCCGCCAGCUGCUGCGACACCCUCCCGGCCCGCCCGCCGCCCGACGAGCCCGCGCCGCUGCUCGGUGAAGAGGAACCUGCUGGCGACCGUCCCGCUGACCCCGCCGCUCCUCCUCCGGCUCGAAGUGUGGGCCUUUAUAUCUGA